CAGUUAUAUAUCGUGUGUGAAUGGACGUGUGUCAUUCUUGACAUAUCACUCCUACACAAUGUACUGGUCGUUGGCUGUCGCCGUGUGCCUGAUUGGGCAGAUAUCUGGAUUUACUGUAUUUCAAGAAACAGCAACACCAUCAUUUCUAGAUGAACUUACAACACAAGAACCAAUGCCACCAACCACCCAGCGUGUCAUCGACGCAAACGAGUUCGACCAGGCUUUGUUUUUGUAUGACGCUCCGACGCAUCAACUGGUUAUGAAGCUUGGGCAUUACUGUUACAUUCAUGGCGUCACGUCAUCGUCACAGCAAUUAGUACAUACAGCAGAUGGACUUUUAAAAUUCGAAAGUAUCUUGAUGUACCUCGUAGCCGCUGGUAUGCAUACCCAGAUGACCCAUGCAGAUGCUAAGAGGUUAAGCGUGCCCAUUGAACACUUUUGCAGAGGACAUGACAUACAGGUCGUGUCAAGGAUUCACCAUAGCACUACCAAAAGUACAAUUGUGUGAAUAAAUUAGAAACAGGUUUUUCAAA